GCCCCAGCAUGCACCGCGGCGCCUGCCGCGCGCUGCUUUUCUCCGCUGAGGCUCCCCUGCAAUUGACAGGUCGGAGGCGCCUGGGCGUUAAGCGGAGUCCAGGUCCCUUGGCGGCGGUCACUCUAAAGUCUGGCAUGUUCGCUUUCGUUUCUUAAAGGCAACAGCAGCAAACCUCUUUAAACUGUUAGAACGUAUUUUAACUACAUUGUCGUGUGCAGUGAUAUGUAGAGCCAGAGCUCUUACUUGGGGACCAUCUUUUGAAGAUCAGGUUGAGACUUUCAGUUGAAUUCUCAUCUCUCAACACUGGCAAAUAUUCACAAGAUUUAUCACACCCUUAAUAAACUGAAUUUAACAGAAGACGUUGGGCAAGACGAUCACCAGACAGGAAGUCUUCGAUCUUGCAGUUCAUCAGACUGCGUUAGCAAAGUGAUGCCACCAAGGAAAAAGAGAAGACCUGCUGCUGGAGAUGAUUUAUCUGCAAAGAAAAGUAGACAUGAUAGCAUGUAUAGAAAAUAUGAUUCAACUAGAAUAAAGACUGAGGAAGAAACAUUUUCAAGUAAGAGGUGCUUAGAGUGGUUCUAUGAAUAUGCAGGGACUGAUGAUGUUGUAGGUCCUGAAGGCAUGGAGAAAUUUUGUGAAGACAUUGGAGUAGAACCAGAAAAUGUGGUCAUGCUUGUACUAGCUUGGAAAUUGGAUGCACAGAACAUGGGUUAUUUUACAUUACAGGAAUGGUUAAAAGGAAUGACCUCUCUGCAAUGUGAUUCAACAGAAAAAUUAAGAAGUUCUUUGGAUUACUUGAGAUCAUUAUUAAAUGAGCCUGCAAAUUUCAAACUUAUUUACAGAUAUGCAUUUGACUUUGCGCGGGAAAAGGACCAGAGAAGCCUAGACAUCAAUACUGCCAAAUGCAUGUUGGGACUGUUGUUAGGAAAAACCUGGCCCCUUUUUCCAGUAUUCCACCAAUUCCUAGAGCAAUCAAAAUAUAAAGUUAUAAACAAAGACCAGUGGUGCAACGUGCUAGAAUUUAGCAGGACAAUUAACCUUGACCUUAGCAACUAUGAUGAAGAUGGAGCAUGGCCAGUGUUGUUGGAUGAAUUUGUGGAGUGGUAUAAAGAGAAACAGAUGACAUAGGAAUUUAACUAUGCACAGCAGCUCAAGAGUCCCUGUUAGCACAGUUCUGUCAACCAUUAGCCAUAAAUUGCUGUUUGUAUCAAAGCGCAUGCUGCUUUUCUCACCCAGUGCCCCUCCUGCUGGGAAGUUGUGGUGUUUGCUCUUAACAAGCCGACUACGCUUGCUGUGUAGCAUUGUCCUCUUUGAAGGCUGCUUUGCAUUUUGUAUUUACACUACAGAUUGGUGAAUUUGCCAACGUCUUCACUGUGAUGAUGUGUAUAUUGCUGUUUAAAUUUUGUAUAUGUGUAUAAAAAAGCUUCACCUAGAGAUUAUUUCUGCAGAAAUGUAUUGUAAAAAUAAUUUUGUGGCACAUUUUGGUCACUUUUUUCAAAUGAAUCUUUUAUUUCUUUAUUUGGUCUCAAAUGUAGCAUUUCAGAAAACAAGACUCAGCUCUUUGGACAUUGUUGCCGUCAGCAGCCAUUGCCAGUGUAACAUUUCUGUUGAAGAGGUCGAUUGUUUUGAUAGGGGAACGAGCGUCAUUUCUUCCUUCAGCAGCACGUGCCAAGUGGCACUUCAUUUGAGUAAACUAUUGGCCUUUAAAAAUGGUUAAAAGUGUAAUUAUUUGGAUACACGGCUGGAAUAUGCCACAGAUAAUAUCUACUUGGCACAUAGAGUAUUGGGUUGUUCUGUUUUUAAACAUAAACAUCUUCAGAAUUCUUUUAUGUUUAAAAAAAAUGAAACCCUGUAGUAUUUUCGAGAGUGACACAAAUCAGCAAAUUAAAAAUAUGCAAAUACACACAAAAAAAACGAGAUUGGGGCUCCUUUAAAUUGCCUUUGGCAUAAUACUCCCUUCCUCCUCCACGACACUGUUUUCCUUUGGCUUAUGAAGAAAGUUCAGGCUUCUGUUGUUUCCUAAACUACUAAAAUGAAAAUUGAUGUUCUCCCUCCAUCCGGAAUGAAUGGUUUUGUUGGUGAUCACGAUUUAUCUACUCCAGCCAACUGUGGGUCAUGGUUUGCUUUUUUAGUUAGGCUUUCAUAGUAUCCAAUUUUCAUUUUGUUACGUAAUUAAAGAAUGAUAUCAAAUAGUGAGGAUUUGUUUUUCCUUUUCUUUCCUGCUGGGUUUUUCCUGGCAAAACGUUCAUUGCAGGCAAUGGAUGUUAAACCACCAGCAUUGGGUUAAAUACACACUUAUCUUUUAAGUAGGGACCACUCUUUUUGGUGACCGAGUCAUUUGUACAGCAAAGUUUUAGCCAUUAUUUGCCCAAAUGAGGAAAAUUAGAGUGAAUGGAAUGGUACCUUUAUAUUUGCAUUUUAUGUCUUGUUUUCUUUGCCUUACCCCUUCUUACGAGAAAUGUAGAUACCAAUACUUAUUUCUCUAGUAUAUCUGGUGCUAAAUAAUGCAGUGUCCCCUAGGGUUUUAUGAAAACAGAAAAUUUUAUGGUUGUUUGACAAAAAUCAAUCUAUUGGUGCAUUUGAACAAAUGAAAUGGAUGCAGCUAUUAAUGUGCUAUCAGCAGAAUCCAAGACCAGGCAGGUAAUUAGAAGCAGUUUAAAGUUGGAUGAAAUCUGCUAGCAGCGUUUCUGCACACACGACCUUCUUCCCUCCCUCCCCCCCAACCUUUAGAUUAAAUGUGAAUUUUUCGAGCUGUAUGAAAUGAGAAAAAAAGCACACAGGCAUAUUCCUCUACACUACUGUGUCACGAUUUCUCUGCUAACAAUGGUCCAGGGUUUUAUAUUUUAUUUGAACUUUCUCUUCCCUGUUGUAAUUCAGCCACCAAAGACAAAUUAUAUAUGUAUAUACAGUGUGUGUGUGUGCAUAUACAAAAUCACGUUAUGGUGAAAAUGCAACUACUACCUUUCCCACCAAAUAGAAAUGUUUGGUUUGCUGUGAAAUAAACACACAUAGAAGUUUCAAAAGCUAUAUAAUGACUAAGCAUACCUGACUGUUCCUUGUUUGUAUACUCACAUCUGGUCAUUUCUUAGUGCCAAUUUGCACAAGAUAAUUAAUAACUGUGAGUGGAUUAUAAAAUGUUUAUGACAAGCAACCAAUAUUAAAUCCAAUGUUUUGAAAGGAUUUUUGUGUAAAUGUACAUAUUUCAGUGGUAUAGCCAGAGGGAAAAUAGAAAUAUAGAGUACUGUUUUGAUUUUUUUUAAAUCCCAUUAAAACCACUUAGACCACAUUUUAGAAGUAACGUCUCAUAAAUUUGAUCAAUUGUGGUUCUUUUAAAAAAAGUAAAACACAAAAGUCUUGGGUUUAUUUUGUUAUUUUUAAAUGUCAGAUUAAGAAUCUGGAGAAUAAAAAAAUACUAAAUGGCACAAUUCUCAGAAUAUAAAAAAUGUUGCGAAGGGGAAAUUGCCUUAGGAAAAUAAUUAGGCUUUUUUUUUUUUUUUUUUUUUUUUUUUUUUUAGCAGUAGAGAGUAGAACUUGAGAAAUUUGUUAAUUAUGUAUGGUGUUUGAAAACAUGAAACUCAAGGGGCAACCAAAAUCUACACGCUUAGAAAAUCCUGAAUGAUUUUCAUUUUGCAGAUUUUAAACUUUUUUUUUUAAAUAAACCUUUGGGAUUAUUUGAUUGGAGAUUCCUUUUCUUCCCCCUCCCCCCUUCUAUCUUAAUGUAGUUCGUUUUAAGAAUAGAGAGGUUAUAGGAGGGAUGGGAUGCUUAGACUUUUUUUAAGUCUCUGUCAACUUCUCUCUAGACUAGGUUGAUAUUGACUCAUCAUAGAUACCAUCAGAUGGUUGUUUAGUGGCUUAUGCCAAAAGAUUAGUAUAUUUUUCCUCCUUUAUUUCCAACAAGAUCCUCAACUCAUUCUUCCUCAUGAUAUUUGAACACUCCCAUACAAGUGCUCACAGGGAAAUGGAAUGUAAAGUUUAGGUUUACGUUGCCACAGUGGUUGGUCAGAGGUUUCAUUAUUAUUAGAUUCUUUUAAAAAACACCUGCUGAAAUGUUGUAGAUGUUCUUGAAGCAUGAGCUACUAGUUAAACAGGUUUUUUUUUCCCCUUAAUCUGAAUAGGAAAACCUUUACACUUUUGUCCAACUUAACAGAUUUUUUUGACCUCCAAUUUCUAUUUUAACUGUACUUUUGAGGUUUAUACAGAAAGCUUUAAAAAUGAGCUUGUCUCCCGAAUUUUAAUUCUUACAACUACUAAAAUACCUCUGUAAGCCUUAUCCUUUCAUAUGUUAUAUGAUAAAUGUAUAGAAUUCAUCCACCAACGGAAGUGUUGGUUGUCUGUAAAUGAGACCAAAAUGUGGGUUGGUUUUUGUCAGAAAAUAAUUUCUACUGAAGGUUACUGCUUGUUACACGGACAACAGUUAACCGAUAACUGUGAAUGCUUUUAUGUCUUCAGUAUUUGCGUUACAUCCAUGAGGUGUGCAAGUCUUGUGAUUCACCGCCUAACUCUCACGCCACCUAACAGGACUUCAGCAGGUUGGUUUUAGGUUUUAACGGAGUUGAUGUAAAAUGAUAUUCCCACAAAUAAAAAGUAUUUGUGUUUCGUUUCAGAA